AUGAAUAAAGUUGAUGUGCCAUGAUGAGUGGAAGUCUUGUGUUCAUCUGUAAAUCUUACCUUCUUCACUGUGUUGGUCAGGUUGACGUAGUGCACCCAACUUAGCAAUAUCUUCUUCCUCAAAGCGUUCUCGUCCCUCAAGCAAAAUGCUUAGAUACUUGUAGAUGUUACUCUGAAUCAUUAGUUUAA